AUGGAAAGCAUUAACCCUUUGCCUGUUGAAAACCCUUUGUUUCACCUGCCUGGAUUGCCCAAACAAUCCUUCCAGACAGUGAAGGGGCCAUUGAUGGCCACAUUCGCCAAGUUGGACUCACUUUCCAUCUCCUCAAGGAUGUUCCCGGACUCAUCUCAAAGAACAUCGAGAAGGCCUUGCUUGAAGGCUUCCAACCCUUGGGAAUCUCUGAUUACAUCUCUAUCUUCUGGAUUGCACACUCUGGUGGACUAG